CGGCGACGGCCGGAAUCUUCUGUUGCCACGGUAACCGCGUCGCAUCGGGCCGCCGAGCAAAGCCGCGCAGCUGAAGAUGAAUAGAAAGAAGCUGCAGAAACUCGCCGAGUCCCUUUGUAAAACCGCUAAGCAUUUCAAUAGAUUUGAAGUUGAAUGUCUCAUAAAACUUUUCAAUUCCUUGCGAGUGGAGCCUAGUGACCGACCUACUGCUGUUGGCUUAGAUCGUAACUCAUUUAGAAAUAUCCUUCAUGUCACAUUUGGAAUGACAGAUGACAUGCUCAUGGACAGAGUGUUCCGUGCUUUUGACAAGGACAAUGACAGCUGUAUCAGUGUAACGGAAUGGGUAGAAGGCUUAUCAAUAUUUCUUCGAGGAUCACUGGAAGAGAAGAUGAAAUACUGCUUUGACGUCUAUGAUUUGAAUAGCGAUGGAUAUAUUUCACGAGAGGAAAUGUUUCAUAUGUUGAAGAAUAGCCUGCUGAAACAACCAUCAGAAGAAGAUCCUGACGAAGGAAUUAAAGACUUAGUAGAAAUAACACUAAAGAAAAUGGACUAUGACCAUGAUGGCAAACUCUCUUAUGCAGAUUUUGAAAAGGCUGUAAAAGAUGAGAAUCUCCUUUUAGAAGCAUUUGGACCCUGUUUACCUGAUAUGAAUUGCAGGAUGUCAUUUGAAGCAGACGUUUUCCAAGAUACUCAUGACCUGUAGCUCUGUGAGUGAAAUGCCAUUAUUUGAAUUACUAUGAAAAUGACGCAUUAUCCAAAGAAUCUGCUUUUCCUACAAAGAUUUAAGU